AUGGGAGAUAUUACUCUUGGAUGUCUUUUACUUUGUAUUCUUUCAUUCUUCCUUCCACCAUUAGCAGUUUUCUUUAAAGUAACUUGUGGACUUCAUUUUUGGAUUAAUAUUAUAUUAACAAUUCUUUGUUGGGUUCCAGGUGUAAUUCAUGCUCUUAUUGUAGUUAUUACUAUGUAA